GUUUAAACAAGUGACAAAAAAAAAAAAAUAAUAAUAAUAAUAAUAAUAAUAAAAACAAAAUAACGAUAAAGUACAAAAUUUAAAUGUAUACAUCUUUUAGUUUAUAAUAAAUUGGAAGACUAUUAUUAUAUUACACUUUACUAAAAUAUUUUAAUAUCAAAAUAUUAUCAAUGUUUCAUAUUUAAGUACUUUAAUAUUAAAUGGCCAAAAUCCAUUUUGUUUAGCCUAUUUUGAAUAUUGUAUUUUUACAGUAGUUGAUUGCCACGCUCCGCAUAAUAAAAAUAUUACAAUUGUUUUACAAAAAUAAUAUAAAAAUUAUGAGAUUAAUGAUUUGGCCAUAGGACUUAAAAUUGCUUAAUAGUAUUUGUUAUAGUAUAUCUUCACAAUAGUCAAUAAUAACUAUAAUUAAGUAUAAGCUAAUAUUUAAAUUUAUUACUUAAAAGAUAAGGGUCCCCAUUAUAGUUAAUAAUAUAGUAAUCUAUAGUAUGAGAAGAUAAUAAACAAACAACUAUAAAUAUUAUAAUAAAUAGACUGGAUAAUAGUUAGUCAGGGCAGCAGUUAAAUGUAUACAUAUAAGUGAAAAUACAUUUAGUUGUUUGUUUUUUCAUCAAAAUUAUACGACCAAUUUCUAAGUCCAUCUAAUAUUUUAAUCAUUAAUGGAUUACCACCAAGAUUUUCAACUUCCUGACGAGCGUCGGCAUCCAACUGUGUUAAGACCUUUCUAGUAUGUUCAAAUGAACCAAAACUAUCCAACAGUUUCACGCAAUACUUUUUCACAUCAACAUUUCUUGUUCGUUGUCGUAGAAUAUCUGAUAGUUCUAGGAAUUAAGUAUAAGAUUACAAUAAUAGUUUUAUGUGACAUAAUAAUUAACAUAAAUUAGUAUAAAUAUAUUUAAAAAAAGGAUACGAAUCACUUGAUUAUCAUCAGGGCGAGUGUGUAUGGCAUGUAUAAUAGGAAAACUGAAUUUUCCUUCGGUCAAAUCUUCACAGUAACUCUUGUUUUCUGAAUACUGUAAUAAAAUAAUAUUUUGAUUAUUAUAUAAAUUUUAUAAGCAAUGGGUGAGUUAAUAAUAAUUAAUAGUUAUGAGGUGAAUUAUUAAGAAAAUCUACACCACUUGUAAUAUUCCAAAACUAAGCCACGAUGCCACUUUUUAUUUAAACACUUUAAAAUACAUUUAUUAUAUUGUAUUUAUUUAUGAGAAUUUUGAAUGUCGAACUUAUAACUUUUUAAUAUUCUAUUUGUAUCAAAAAGUCAAACUUUAUUUAUAAUAAUAUAAAAUAAAUAAUGAUAAUAGAUACUUUAUUCAUAUGUAUUUUAUACCAAAAAUCACCCAAAUACUGUCGGUUAAAAAAAAAAAAGGUAAUAUAUACCUAUAAAUUUAUCUCUGGUAUCAUAAAAGGUGGACAAAAGUCAAUUUUCAAUAUUUUUAUAAUUAUUCUUAUUUAAUUUGUUUGGUCUAAAUAAUCUAAGUGUAUGUAUACAUGUAAUACAUGUAUACAUACACUAUACAUGUUAUAUUGAAAAUGAAAAUAUCUUAAGUCACUAUGAUGUACUUUUUGUUUGGCAAAAAGGGCAAGUGUUCUAUUAUAAUAUGACUUAAGCCAUUCAGUAAAUUAUUUAGGUUAUUCUAUUUAGUAGUUUAAUAAUUUAGCAAUAAUGAAAUUAAGUCACUUAGCAAUUAUCAAAAUUUAAUUUACUUGUAUUGAAAACUAUACAACUUGACUCAAGCCCUUCUUUCAUGAGACUAAAGAUAUAUUUGGCAUAGUUAAGCUAUUAGUUCAAAUACAAAUUUGUUCAACCAUUUUCUUACCUCCUGCAAACACAAGUUACAAUAAUCAUCCCGAAUCUGAAAAUAUAAGCCUAAUAUUCCAGUAAGUUUUGUGAAGUCAUUGGAGCUAUCACUGAAUAGUUGCAUGAGACGAAUGGCAAGCAUAAAUAAUCCUCCAGUUUCUUAAAAACAAAAUAUACACAAGUAUGCAUAUAAAUAUUUAAGGAAAACAUUUUUAAUAUAAUACAAUAUUUUAACAUAUGUUACCUAUGUUCAACAAUUAUAAUGUAAUGAAUGGAAAUUAAAAUUGUUUUCACUCAUUAUUUGAAUAAUUAUAAAAAUGGAUAAAAUUAUUUUGAUGUACAUAAAAUAUACAUUUUUUUUGAAAUGAUGAUUUUUGAAUUAACUGUUUAUAAAAUAUACUUAGAAAUUUUAUUCUGAAUAGUGCAAGGUAAAUUUUAUUGAGAUUAAUUAUUAUUUUUUUUUAGUCCCAAAACAUAUUCAGUAGUAAACACACUCAAUUAUAAACUGAGUGUUUAAUAACUUUAGAUAUAAAUAUGGUGCCAAAUAGAUAGAAAAAUAUAACAGUAAAGUUCAAUAGAAUUCAGAAAUUCUUAGAAAAUAAAAAAGGGAAAAAAAUAAUUAAUCCUUAACAUUUCUGUCAUAGCUGUCCUUUAAAAAAAAGCUCGCAAAAUGUGGCUUACCCAAAACACUAGGCUAUCAAUGGAGAAUCAGAUUUUUAAUUUUUAAUUUAGGUACUUAAAGAAAAGCAACAAAAAUGGGAUUUAAAUACAUAUGUAAUUAUUAUCUACAAUAAUUUUUUUUUUUUAGUUAAAAUAAAAUAAUUAAUUUUUGUCUUGAAAAUAAAUUUAAAUAUAGAAUAAACUUAAAAAUGUAGAAUGUAUAAAUAAUUAUGUCUACUUCUGAUUGUCAUAGUUUUGUAUUCUUCCUCGGUUGGACACGUGUAAUUAUCUCGCCAAUAAAUUUCCAUUCCUUGACCACGAUGGAGUUCUAACACCUGUUCAGUGUAUACAGUAGUAGCCUAAAAAUAUAUUGGUUUCAUAUUAUGUUAUUCAUUUCAUUAUCAUAAUUUUAGAUUGAAAUAAUUAGGUAAGCAUAUACCAUUGGAUGUCCAAGACUUAGUGUUCGUUCUAGUGCCACAAAUGACAUAUAAUUUGCAGCAUUAAUUGUACUAGCAACACCAUAGAUUGAAUGUGCCACAGGUAUUCCACGUCUUAACACUGAAUUGUCUUGGAUAUCAUCAGUUCUAAAACAAGUUUGCAUAUUCUGGAUAUUAAUUAGGUAUUUAUGUACAACAGAUUUUUAAGUUUAACUUCAACUUGAAGUUCAUAUCAUGAAAUUAAUAGGGAAGAACACAAAAUGUGAUGUCAUUAAUCAUUAACAAGGUUCGGGACUUACAGCACUUAAAAUCCACAAAAAAGCGCUUAAAAUUCUAAAAAGCCCUGAAGCACUUAAAAAAAAAAAAGCGAUAAUGGAAAAGGGAUUUAAAUUUUCUUCCUCCUAUAAAUAUAACAAAUUAAAUAACAUUUUUGAACACUAAAAAAGGUAACAAUAAAACACAAUACAAAGUAAUCUUGUUUAAAUAAAAUUGUAUGUAUUUAAAAAAAAAAAAUUACUUUGUGUUAAAAACACAAUUAUUUUUUAGUGUUAGAAAAUAGUAGGUAUUUAGUAAGUUAAUGCUUUUAAAAGAGAAAUUAUUAAAUUUCAAAACUAUUUUAAGGUUUUUAAAUAUUUUUUUAAGUAUAUUUUAUUGUAUUUUAACCAUUUUGUUUUGUGGAUUUAAAGUACUAUAAAUUCUGAGCCCUGAAAAUUAGUAUUACCAAACAAAAUAAAUUUAAUUGUUAAAAUAAAUUAUUACCUUUUAUUAAAAAAUUUUGUCAGAAAAUUGAUUAAACAAUUUAAAAUGUAAUUAAAGUAUAUGUAAGAUAUAAAAAGGUUUCUUUUAUAAAAUCAAAGAAUAUACACUUUGGGAACUACUGAUAAUUCAAGUAGAUAAAAUUUAUCAUAAGUAUUCAGAAAAUAAAAUACACCUAUCUACGUAAAUUAGAAAAUAAAAACUAACAUAUCAACACACAGCCUAAACUACUGAGUCAUAAAACUUGUAAUUUUCCAAAGAAAUUUUUUAUAUAAUGUAAAAAACUUUAAAAAGUUUUUUAAAUUUAAUUCUUUAAGGGGACAAUGUUUGUAUGGAAACUAAUUAAAAAUGUAUUUUAUAAUCCAAAAUUAAGUUUAACGCAAUUAUUUGCGUUUUAUCAAUUAUGAUUUAUUUUAGAAAAUUAAUUCCUUUGUGGUAGAAAAUGGGUGUCAAAGAUAAUGUGAACAAAUAAUUUUUGAUACGAUUUAUCAGAACGGCAGAGUUACAAAAGUGUAAAGACGACAGUUUUGGUUAUGUAUAUCUUUGUAAAACUGAAUACCCUGUAUUAAAAAAGAACAGUGUUGACAAAUUGUAAUUUUGAUCGAAAAUCCUAUCAUUAGCUGAUAAUUGGUUAGAUUACAUGUAACUAUUUCUAAUUAUUACUAUAUUCACCACCAAUAUCUAAUAAUCUAUUUAUCUUUCAUAAACCCUGUAUAUAAGUCAUUAUAUAAUUGUACAUGAAAAAAAUGAGUAAUGGAUAAAAGCUAUUAUUCAUAAAAGGUUACCUAAACAUUUAUUACCUUUAAUAAAUAUUGUUUUAUUUGUUUUUAGUAAAAACUAAAUUCUCUUAUGGGCGAGUUUAGGUAAUAAAUAAUAACAUAAACACUUAUGUAACAUACACUAUAAAAUAUAGACAUAGAUAAAUAUUUUAUAUUUUUAUAACUAGAGAUAUCUUAUAAAUACUAAUUAAAUUCAUAAACACUAUUACAGUAAUUCAUAAUUAUGCAUUUUGAUAAUUGAAUAUUAUAUAACUCAUAAUUACAUACUGAAAUCAGCCUAAUUAAUUCAUAAUUGUAAAUUAUAAUAUAAAAAAAACAAUAGAUAUUCUUAAACUGAUUUAUUAAUUUAUGAUUAAUCAAAAAAUAAUUUAUGAUUAAUCAAAAAAUAAUCAAUCAAAAAAUAAUCUGAUAUUCAAUAACAUUAAACAUUAUUAAUAUUUGAACUAUUUAUUAAUAAAAAUAAUCUGAUAUUCAAUAACAUUAAACAUUUAAUCUGAUAUUCAAUAACAUUAAACAUUAUUAAUAUUUGAACUAUUUAUUAAUAUUUUUUUAUAAUAUUUAUUAUAUCCACCAUUAAUAAUAGGUAUCUACUUUCAAUUAUAAAAAAUAACAUAAGAUAACUGACUGAAAAAACAACAGAUAUUCUUAAACUGAUUUAUUAAUUGAUGAUUAAUCAAAAAAUAAUUUGAUAUUCAAUUACAUUAAACAUUAUUAAUAUUUGAACUAUUUAUUAAUAUUUUUGUAUAAUAUUUAUUAUAUCCACCAUUAAUAAUAGGCAAUUUAUUAUAUCCACCAUUAAUAAUAGGCAUCUACUUUCAAUUAUAAAAGAUAACAUAAUUGAAUCAUUGAAUCUAAAAGAAAAAUAUUUUAAAUUCAAUCCAACUACUACGUUAUUAUAUCACAUACUUACAAAAGACUAGAAUUAUGCAACAUCUGCACUAUGUCUCCAAUAACAGCCAAUUUGUCUGCUGGUAUCUUUAACCAAUAAUUGAAUGCAUGUGCGAGUUUAGCUCUAAUUUGUUUCCCAGGCACUUGCAUAAUAUACGUGAAAGGCUGCAAUAAUUUCUGAAAAAAUAGUAAACGAAUUAGAACCAACCGAUUAUUAUACAAUGUUUUGUUUAUAAAAUUAAUAUUUUAUCAAGUAUUAAUUCUGUUUUCUUUAGAGUGUAAUUUAUAUAUGUCAUAUUGUAAUAAGGUAUUUAGUUCAAAAUAAAUAUAUUGCAAUAUUAUAACUAUGCUUUUAAGGUUCUGACUCUUGGCUCAUAAUUUAAAUAAAUCUAUACACAUUUAAGUGAUUUUGAAAAAAAAAAACAAUACAAUAAUUUAACACUAAUAUAUUAUAUAUCCAGUAUCCUGUAAUAAUUUUAUAAUUUAAUGCACGUUAAAUUUUACAGUAUAAAACUAAAAUAGUACAUUAUCUAUGGCUAAGUAGAUAAAUAAAAGAAUACAAUGAUUUAGUGAAGAUCUGAAAUUGUGUCAAUCAACGAUCAAUGAUCAUAUGAAUACAUAGGAACCGUAGAAGUGAUUAUGCUCAUUGAUAAUAUAAUUAUAGAAGGGCCUAUUGGAAUUUCAUAAAUAAUGAAAUUUAAAUAAAUCAACAUUAUAAUAUGUGCACUCUUUUUCACUUUAAAAAAAAUUGUUAGGUUUAAACAUAAUCUGUACCUAAACCAAUAAUUGUACUGCAAAUGUAUUUAAUAAUAUUUAUUUAAUAGAAUUACCUGUUUAAAAUGAAUACAAAUAUAUUACUAAUUAUGUCUGUGAUAUUAUAUAAUAAUUAUUAUAUUAUUAUGUAAUAUAUUUUUAAGGUCAUCAGUAAUAAUCUAUAUAAUUAAAGACCCCAUUUGUUUUUAAAAUGCCAUAGACAUGUUGGGAUAAAAUUGAAUUUUAAUAUAUAAAAAUAUUUAUCAGCAAUGAUUAUUAAUCAUUUGAUGUUAAUUAUAUUAAACAAACAAUUUUUAUUUAUUGCAAUAAUAUAAUGAAUUUAGCAUAUACCUACUUGCUAACAAGUAUCAAAUUGUAAUUAAUGGUAUGCCUACAUGGUUCAUAUUUUUGCGAAUGAAGUUUUAGUUUUAGUUUAGAUUAUGAUUUAUUGUUUCUCAUUUAUAUGAAAUAUUUUAUUCUUUUGACACCAAUUUAAUGAUCCAUUGCAUUUAAACCCAAUUUAGGACUUUUAUGAGAAUACAGUUGCACAAUUGAGGGGUAGAAGAUAUGAUCAAUUGUCCACAGCACCAGAGAUUUUUUAUUUUAGUAAGAUAAAUUAAUAAUAAUGUAAUUUUUAACAACAUUUCAAACAGAAAUCUUGCUUCAAUAAUCAACACCAAGAAUGAUUUUUGGUAAAAAAUUUUGUCUAGUUUAUGCAUUAGAUCAAUCCUUUUAAAAUUUUCUUUUUACAUUUAAUUUUAAAGGAAACCAAUAAAAAAGGGUUGAAAAAAAGGAACAUUUACUAAAAACGUUACUGUUAAAAUUGAUUUUGUUUUUUUGUUGUCAUUCAGUCAAAAGUAUUAUUACUUAUUACUAAAAAUGUAUUAGUGACCUGAAAUUCCAUCUGAAGAUUUAUAUUAGUGAUCUUUAGACAUAGUACAAUUUUAAAAAUAUUCUGGUGCAGUUUAAGUUAUUUUGAAAUUUUUUGGUAUUUUUAGUUUUACAUGUAAAUAAAAUGUUUUGGUUACUUAAAAAUGAUUGAAUAUUUCAUAAAUGGUUCGUUAUAGGUUGUACUUUGUAAUUUCGUUUGUGAUUAUAAAAAUAAGUGGCCUAAAAAGUAGUUUUUUUUAUAACCAUUUUAAGUUGAAAUUUAUAAUACAGUUCGUUUAAAUAAACAAUUUCUCUUUUAGUUUUAAAUUUGUCAAUAAAUAUUUUACCAAACUUUACUCUGAAUCGUCAUUAUUACCACCAAGUACACAUUAUAAUGAACUUCGUGCAAAAUGUUCAAGCAUUCAUGAUCGGGGAAAAACUAUUUUAUCCGCGUAAAGCCAAAUAAAAACUAAAAAACUCGUAAACAUAUAAAUGUCUAAUUUAAAUAUCUUCUACAUGGCCACAUUUUGUUUAAAAGUGUGUCUAGAAAGAAACAGUAUAACUAUUUUGAAGAAAUGUCUACGAUUAGCAAAAGAAUACAAAUUGAAAAUAAUGAAAUUUGCCGGCUUCUCUACGUUUUUUCCCCGAUUUUUCAGAAUUAUUUAGAAAACUACACGGGAAAUUCCAACACACCGAUUCACGAACUAGAUAAAAUUCUCUUUUGAAAGAUACGAUACACUUGAAUUUUAUGGAGCAUGGUUUAUAAUAAAAAAAAAAAGCAAAAUCAAAAUUAAUGAAAUUUUUACCUGCAGUACAUAGUUAGAUAUAAUAUAUUAAUAUAAUUAGUAAAUUAAACAUAAUUUCGUACUACAAUAUUUAAUUUUGUAAAAUACGUUUACGAACCGGGAACUUGGCUCGCUCGUAAAGUGGGCUUUCCUAAUUCGUAUCUUACACGUUCUUUCCCGCUGUUACUACGAAAAAAACUACCCAGAGAAAUUACAGAAUGACCUCCCCAGUUGCAGGUAUACUAGAUCCGAAAUGCUAUGAAAAAGCUAGCUUGUCAAUUUUUUGUUCUAAUGCCUAGAAAAUUUGUAUACGCGUACACAAAAUUACAAAAUCAUAUAGUAAAACCGAUAAAUUCCUUGCUGCGCACAGAAUCUAAUUUAAUAACAGUCUAGUAUUUUCACUUUUAAACAUCUACGCUAAGUUUUUGUAUUGUAUUGUAAGUUGAAAACGUUAUUUGAACGAAAAAACGAGCCAAGCGUGAACGAUCGAAUGUGAAAUAUUAUAAAUUACGAAAAUGAUAUUAUUUUUAUAUUUAAAUAAAUUCCACGUACACCUGUGACGAUGUUAUACAAAUAUCUGGGUAUAUUUAUGAAAAUUAUAGUAAGUAUAGCUGAUUACGAACAACUCCAUAACCACUACUUAGCCGAGAUUCAUGACUCAGAAUAACCUUGGACACAAUAUUUCCGUCACCGGUAUUAUUUUACUUUUCUACGAUUCCGACAUGUCGCGAUUAAUAAGGAAACGAAAAAAUAACCAAGAAAUGAUGCACGUAUGGACCAAACGAGUUGUUGUGAAUGUUAAAACGUUCUGUUUCAAUAUGGGACCUGAAUUCAAUUUUUAUUAAUAUUUUUUUCUAACCAACAGCGUUUUCAUAAUCACACAAACGAUCGCCGACUAAUCGGACGAUCCGGGUGCCGUGUAAAACGAGAAAAACCGAUUUAAAUAGCAUAUAUUAAAAUCAUAAAAACGCAGUAUUCUCGGUGUGCGACGUGUAUUUUUUUUCUCGGUCUUACCGACCUCUCCCGCAGAAAGAUACGAUCAUUAGGUGCUAGGUACCAAAUAAAACGGAUUCACAGUUGGGUUUUCGGUGAUCCGACACAUUCGUUUAACACAAAAUCGGCCGAUUGACCGUGAAACUACUGCCUACUAAUGCGUAAAUCGCAAUAAUAGUAAGCGGUAAUAAAAUAACAUUAUUAUUUCAUAUAUCGCAGUGGUCCAAGGUCGUGUUGGGUAAGAUGCACUAUAAUAAUAGUAUAGGCAAUUAUGUAUUGUACGCGAGAAUCGUGCUAUUAAAAAAAAAUGCAUUCUGUAAAAUCAAUGUCAACCGUACAGGUUUACACGGCAGGCAUAUAUUAUGGGCGCACUGCGGUAGCUGUGUUCUAAAAAUAUUGUCCGACCCGACGGAAAUAUUAUCAUCGCUAAUCGUUUAAAUAUCUAUGUAAACAAAGAAUAACAUUAAAGUGUAAAAAAAAAAAAAAAAAAACGAAAACCUUUUCGGUGGAUAAUCUCUACCCAAUGUAACAGAUAGCACGCAGACAGUAGGUACCCCUGUCUACAUAAAUAAUUAAUCAUCGAUAGAGUAAAUCGAUCACCACUGUUAUCUACGGUAAGUAUCCACUCACGGUCAAGUUAAGGUUCCGGUUAGGUUAUAGGGGUUAGGCCAACUACCUAUUACAUAAUUCGAUCGAUACCCGUUAAUGUGCCCAUGUUGCGUAUUGUUUGCGUUUGUCCGAAUGAAUUUCAACGCGACCGGUUAAUUAAACCAUAUUCCGUAAACGAGAUUCGGACGAAAAAUACAUAAAAAAAAAAAGUACCUACCUACGUCCGUACGUCCUCCCUCCCUAUACGCAUACGUUACCUGUGUAUUGAUUUUUUUUCAAAUAAUAUUCAAUCGGAUAGCGUAUUAUUCCGUAUCAUACGGAAUUUAUGCGAUUCUCGCAUCGUUAUAUAACAAUUUCCAAUGCCAAAUAUCGUCCGUGGUAAACGAUCGACCGGACAACCGCGUUUUUAUACCCAUUAAAUUCCCAGUUAAUUUUUAUUCAAAUCUUUUCCAAAAUUUCGUCAAAAUAUUAUCGUAAUAUUGUCGACAUUCGGCAUAAAAUAAUAGGUAAUCCAAAGCUGUUCGCCGUAGUAGUUUCAAAAAAAGUUUCAAAACUUCAGACACCGAAGUCUAAUAAAAGUAGAUGCGAGAUAUUUUUGAACGCGCGCAUUACAAGCGACGAUAAAUCUAAAUGAACACAAUAUCUGAACAGCGGAAACGGCGUAUACUAUAAGAGGCACCUACGUUAGAAUUACAAUAGUUCGCAUUUUCUAUGCUGCGAACGAAAUCGUUGUCUAUGUCUAAUAGAGCUAAUAAAAGCCCCGUCAAUUCCGUUCGAAUGGUCUAAUUGAUUAUUCAAAUUUUCGUAAUAAUUUUUUUAUUUUUGUUCUACGUACCAACAUGCUUUUGAAAAGAAUGUGUUUGUUAGUUUUCGUGCGAGGAACUUGAUGUAGAAACAAACAGUUCAACGUACCGAUCUAAAACAUUUGUGUAGAACGACAAAAAUAAAACGUACCUAAUACCUUUAGUUAAUAUUUAAUACGUAUACCGUAUAGUCGCUAAAAUACAAGAAUUAAAAUUGAAGAGACCUAACACAAUUCCUAUACUCUAAUUCGAUUCCACCGAAAACGCAUCUCAGAAAGAACGUUUUCUUAUACGUUUAUAUUGUAAUAAUAAUUAUUCGAACGAAAUAAUCUAUAAUUGCUGGACAUAAUAUUAUUAUCUUAAUAUAAUACAAUAAAUAAAUAUGUAGUAACGUAAAAUGUUUUAACUCACUUCAUCAGUCUCUUUUUCUCCGGACGUACUAAACAUAUUUUCCAUUUUAAGAUAAAAAUUGUGGCUUACUAGUUAGACGAGAGUGAAAGACUAGAGUUCUGAGUUACGAGUCACAGCGUUCGAUAAUUUGAACUUUGAGUACCUAACAUUAAACGCGAAACCAAACGAUCGGAUCGAUAGCAGUUAUCGUUGAGUCUGAUAAAAAAAAUAUGGAAAAAAUGUUUUAUC